ACCUUUCGUUGCUUAAAGCAAGAGAGAGCUUCACAUUAUAUAAGAUGAAUUCCCUUUUCAGAGUUUCUAAUUGGCUGUUCGGGCCAAUACUGUUGGUGAUUCUAAUCUCAUCUUCAGCGUGUACAUUUAAAAAUUGUGCUGAGCUGCACAGAUCUGGUCAGAGAAUCAAUGGUAUUUAUACAAUCAAACCUGACAACUCACAAGCCUUUGAUGUAUACUGUGACCAGACAACAGACGGUGGAGGCUGGACAGUGUUCCAGAGAAGACUAACUGGUUCCGUUGAUUUUAACCGCAGUUGGGCUGACUACAAACAUGGUUUUGGAAGUUUCCUCGAUGGUGAAUUUUGGCUUGGACUGGAUAAGAUCCUCCGGCUGACUAAAAAGAAUAAAAACAACAGGCUUAGAGUGGAUCUGGGGGUCGAUUCUAAAACAAUUGUUUACGCUGAAUAUAAAUGGUUUGGAAUUGCGAACGAAACGGCUGAGUACCAGCUGAACAUUGGCAAUUUGGCAAAUAAGUCAAUAAAAGCAAUAAUUAAUGACAAGUAGCUUCGUUGCGUGACAAUAAAUGAAACAGUGAAGCAAAAGGAUACGACUUUCUGGGGAAAAAGAAAAUGAUUGUAGUACCUAUCAGUCGACAGACAAAACGAUUAAGAUCUCUAACUCUCGGGACUUGACUGGUUUUCCCGGUCUUGAAAUCAAAGCCAGAGGGUAAAGAAGAUGAAUUUGGUCCAUCGAGUAUCAACAAAAUGACUACACUGAAGAGCUCAGUUAUAGCCGUCGUUACUAUCGAAGUAAGCCUCAUAUAAGCUUUUUAACAAUAAAUCACCUCGACUAUUUUUU